UCGGCGCGGCGGCCGCGACCGUGACCUCACGGGGAGGGGCCAGCGCGGCCGGCGGGGCGCCCAGCCCAGAGCGCAGCACCCGAGGCUCGAGCCGCGGCGCGAGGAGCGCAACGCCCCGGCCCCGAUGGAGCGGUACAAAGCACGGGGGUGUUGCUGUCUGGUGGGACACAGCCGCGUCCUGCAGGCCUCCGCGUCCCUGGAGCAGCUGCUGACGGAGCUGGAGGACUUCCUGAAGGUUCUCGAGCAGGAGAAGCUGAGCAGCACAGCCCUGCUGAAGAAGAGCAGCGUGGCCGAGCGGCUCCGACUUUACAUCAAGAGCAGCAGUGCCGAUGAAGAGUACAUUUAUAUGAACAAAGUGACGGUCCCCCAUCAGCAGAAUGUGGAUCCCCCUGAUAGAGCACCCCAGGACCCAAGCCCGCUCACCAACGGGGAGCCUGCCCAGCACUCCUCGGCCCCCCAGAAGAGUCUUCCUGACCUCCCGCCACCCAAGAUCGUCUCAGAGCGCAAGCAGCUGCCCAUCCCGAAGACCGACACCCCGGAGGGCUACUAUGAAGAGGCCGAGCCCUACGACGCGUCCCUGAACGGUCGCCCCGGCCGAUGUCCCCCCACUGGAGUCCCCAGCUGGGUGCAGGCGCCCGAAGGAGUCAUUUACGCCACCAUCACCCUGGAGGACGGGGAGGCCGUGAGCAGCUCCUACGAGUCGUACGAUGAGGAGGAGAACAGCAGGAGCAAGUCCGCACCCCACCAGUGGCCCUCACCUGAGGCCAGCAUCGAGCUGAUGCGUGAUGCCCGCAUCUGUGCCUUCCUGUGGCGGAAGAAGUGGCUGGGCCAGUGGGCCAAGCAGCUGUGCGUCAUCAGGGACUCCCGGCUGCUGUGCUACAAGUCGUCCAAGGACCACAGCCCCCAGCUGGACGUGAGCCUGCUGGGCAGCAGCGUCGUGCACAAGGAGAAGCAGGUGCGGAAGAAGGAGCACAAGCUGAAGAUCACGCCCAUGAACGCCGACGUCAUCGUGCUGGGGCUGCAGAGCCGGGACCAGGCGGAGCAGUGGCUCAGGGUCAUCCAGGAGGUGAGCGGCCUGCCAUUCGAGGGCACGUCCGAAGGGAACCAGUACACCCCAGAUGCCCUGCGUCUCAACUGCCAAAAGCCCGACCUCACGGAGAAGUACAUGCCCGCCUCUGAGUACGGGAGCCCCAUCGACGGCCACUUGGACGUCCCCGAGACCAAAGAUGUCAAGAAGAAGAGUUCCGCUGGCCUCAAACUGAGCAACCUCAUGAACCUGGGCCGGAAGAAAUCCUCCUCGCUGGAGCCCCCGGAGCGGUCCCUGGAGACAGCCAAUUACCUGAAUGUGCUGGUGAACGGCCAGUGGAAGUCCCGCUGGUGCUCCGUGAGGGACAGUCACCUGCACUUCUACCAGGACCGGAACCGGAGCAGGGCGGCCCAGCAGCCCGUCAGCCUGGGUGGCUGCGAGGUGGUCCCAGACCCCAGCCCGGACCACCUCUACUCCUUCCGCAUCCUCCACAAAGGCGAGGAGCUGGUGAAACUGGAGGCCAAGUCCUCCGAGGAGAUGGGCCACUGGCUGGGCCUCCUGCUGUCGGAGUCGGGCUCCAGGACGGACCCCGAGGACUUCACCUACGACUACGUGGACGCAGACAGAGUGUCCUGCAUCGUGAGCGCGGCCAGAACCUCGCUGCUGCUGAUGCAGAGGAAGUUCUCGGAGCCCAACACGUACAUCGACGGUCUGCCCAGCCAGGCCCGCCCCGAGCUGCUGUACGAUGACGUGGAGGUGUCAGAACCGCCAGCGGUGGAGCCUGAGGUGGGCGUCCCCGCACCAGACGCUGGCGGGGAGAGCGAGUCCGAUCGUGUGUACCUGGACCUCACACCCAUCAAGUCCUUCCUGCACAGCCCCGCGGGUGCACAGGCCGGCUCCCCACCGCGGCCAGAGCCCCCCACCGAGGCCGUCCCCAUGGACCUGGUGCCCACCCCCGGUGAGCCCCCCGGGCCCUCUCCAGAGACCGUCUGCAUGGACCCACAGCAGGUGCCGUGUGGGGGCCCCGAGCCCGGGGAGCCGCCCCUGAGGAGCACCACCGUGAAGAUCCAAUUGGAGCAGCAGAACAUCUCAUUUCCGCUGAGCUGCCCCGACGUGGCGGCCAGCACCCUGGCGGGGGCCAGCUCCCCCGUGAGGGACAGGCUCAAGGUGGCCACUGCAGAGAUCAAACUGGGCAAGAACCGGACAGAAGCAGAGGUGAAGCGCUACACGGAGGAGAAGGAGCGGCUGGAGCGGGAGAAGGAGGAGAUCCGGGCGCACCUGGCGCAGCUCCGAAGGGAGAGGCGGGAGCUGAAGGAGAGCCUGGCGGCCUGCACGGACAAGGGCAUCGUGGCCAGCCUGGAGCAGAAGCUGCGCGAGGUGGACGAGGAGUGCCGCGUGGAGGAGCGCAGGCGCGUGGACCUGGAGCUCAGCAUCGUGGACGUGAAGGACAACCUCAAGAAGGCCGAGGCGGGCCCUGUGACGCUGGGCACCACCGUGGACACCACCCACCUGGAGAGCACGAGCCCCCGUCCCAAAGCUGCCGCCCCCUCCAGCCCUGUCCCAGACUGUACCCCGGUCAACUCGGCCACGGCGCUCAAGAACAGGCCCCUGUCCGUCCUGGUCACGGGCAAAGGCACCGUCCUGCAGAAAGCCAAGGAGUGGGAGAAGAAAGGCGCCAGCUAGGAGCCACGGGUCCUGGGAAGACUCUGCUGUCCAGAUGGGUCUCGGCGACAAUCCUGCUUCGCCCACGUCUUUGUCCACGCAGCACCUCUGGGACAGGGCGCGUCCGCCCGUCUGUCCAGAAGGGAGCGCCAGGACCAGGGGGCUUCGGCCCAGUGGGGCCUUGACCUUCUCAGAGCCAAAGGAAAUGAGCCGA